AUGGAAGCAUGGGAUCUAUCUCCUGCCUCUGCUUCCACGUUGAUGGGAUCAUUAAAUAAUCCAACUUUCUUUUUCUUCUUUUUUCUUUCCUUCUUUCUUUUCUUUCUUUCCUUCUUUCUUUUUUCUUUUUCCUUCUUUCUUUUCUUCUUUCCUUCUUUCUUUUCUUUUCUUUCUUCCUUUCUUUUUUUUUUUUUUCUCUUCUUUUUCUUUCUUUCUCUUCUUUCCUUUCUCUCUCUUUUCCUUUUCUCUCUCUUUCCUUUCUCUUUAAAAUUUCUUUCUCUCUUUUCCUUUCUCUCUUUUUUUUUUUCUCUUUUUUUUUUCUCUUUUUCCUUUCUCUUCUUUUCCUUUCUCUCUCUUCUUUUCUUUUUCUCUCUUCUUUUCCUUUCUCUUUCUUUCUCUUUUCUCUUUCUUUCUUUUUUUCUCUUUCUUUCCUUUUUUCUUUUUUUCUUUUUCUUUUUUUUUUUCUUUUUUUCUUUCUUUUUUUUUUUUUUUCUUUUUUCUUUCUUUCUUUUUUUUUUUUCUUUUUUUUUUUUUUCUUUUUUUUUUUUUUUUUUCUUUCUUUUUUUUUUUUUUUUUUUUUUUUUCUUUCUUUCUUUUUUUCUUUCUCCCACCUUUUCAUUAAAGGUGAGCAUCCAUUUGUUUUCUCUUAUAAAUGUUUAUGUAAUGUGCAAAGUCUCUUUUUCAUAUUUAAUAGGUUUCUUCUUUUCUUCUUUCCUUCUUUCUUUUCUUUCUUUCCUUCUUUCUUUUCUUCUUUCCUUCUUUCUUUUCUUUCUUUCCUCCUUUCUUUUCUUUUUUCCUUUCUCUUCUUUUCCUUUCUCUUCUUUUCCUUUCUCUUCUUUUCCUUUCUCUCUUUUCCUUUCUCUCUCUUUUCCUUUCUCUCUCUUUUCCUUUCUCUCUCUUUUCCUUUCUCUCUCUUUUCCUUUUCUCUCUUUUCCUUUCUCUCUCUUCUUUUCCUUUCUCUCUCUUCUUUUCCUUUCUCUCUCUUCUUUUCCUUUCUCUCUCUUCUUUUCCUUUCUCUCUCUUCUUUUCCUUUCUCUUUCUUUUCCUUUCUCUUUCUUUUCCUUUCUCUUUUUUUCUUUUCUCUUUCUUUUCCUUUCUUUCUUUUUUCUUUCUUUCUUUUUUCUUUCUUUCUUUUUUCUUUCUUUCUUUUUUCUUUCUUUCUUUUUUUUUUCUUUUUUUUUUCUUUCUUUCUUUUUUUCUUUCUUUUUUUUUUUUUUUUUUUUUCUUUCUUUUUUUCUUUCUUUUUUUCUUUUUUUUUUUUUCUUUCUUUCUUUCUUUUUUUUUCUUUCUUUCUUUUUUCUUUUUUUUUCUUUCUUUCUUUUUUUUUCUUUCUUUUUUUUUUUUUCUUUCUUUUUUUUUCUUUCUUUCUCCCACCUUUUCAUUAAAGGUGAGCAUCCAUUUGUUUUCUCUUAUAAAUGUUUAUGUAAUGUGCAAAGUCUCUUUUUCAUAUUUAAUGUAGGUUUCUUCUUUCCUCCUUUCUUUCUCUUCUUCUUUUCCUUUCUUUAUCUCUUUUUUCUUUAUCUCUUUCCUCCUUUCUUUCUUUUUUUCUCCCACCUUUUCAUUAAAGUCAUUUCGGCCGGACUCUUCUUCCAUGUGUUCUCUCGACUAUUAUUCAUCAUCAUGAAAAUACAUUACAAAUACCAAUUCCAAACCAUCCCUGAUCAAACAGGACAAAAACUAAAAUGGAUAGAAUGUCCCCAAACUGUUCUGGUGCUAAAAAAGUCCUUUGGUGACAAUAUGUCUCAGCCUUUUGUAGAGGUCUUGAUGUGGCUUAUUUGUGAAAAGAAAAUGAAGGUGUUUGUGGAAUCUAAAGUUGUUGUACAUGAUGAACGCUAUGAAUCGAUAAAGAACCAACUUCAGAUCUUCAACCAAGAUAAAGAUGAUUUAACUGACCGAAUAGACUUUGUGAUCUGCUUAGGUGGUGAUGGCACUUUGAUGUAUGCUGCUUCACUUUUUCAGAAAUGUGUACCUCCUGUUAUGUCUUUCCACUUUGGAUCCCUGGGAUUCUUGGCCCCAUUCCAAUUUCAGGAUUUUAAAGAAGAUAUAACACAAGUUUUGGAAGGUAAUUCUAACUUGCUAUUACGUAGUCGACUGGAAUGCACAGUUUGUAAAUUAAACACAGAUGAUACACAGAGCAAAUGGAAGAAUAUUCUGGUCCUAAAUGAAGUUGUACUAGAUCGUGGUUUGUCACCUUACCUGUGUAAUUUGGACUUGUAUGUAGAGAAACAUUUGGUUACGUCUAUUCAGGGUGAUGGAGUGAUAAUCUCAACUCCUACAGGGAGUACAGCAUACGCAGUGGCAGCAGGUGCUUCCAUGAUGCAUCCCAGUGUUCCCUCCAUAAUGAUCACACCUAUCUGCCCUCAUUCGCUCUCAUUUCGACCAAUUGUCGUGCCUGCUGAAGUGGAAAUUAAACUGAUUGUUUCAAAAGAAUCACGUAACACUGCCUGGGUCUCAUUUGAUGGACGAAGCCGGCAAGAAUUGCAAAUUGGAGAUUGUGUCAAAAUCAAAACUGCAGUUCAUCCGUUCCCUUCAAUAUGCCUGAAGGAUCCAAUAGAUGAUUGGUUCAACAGCCUCGCAGAAUGUCUGCAUUGGAACAUGCGAAAACUUCAGCGUGGGCCUUCUUCUACACCGAAGGUUACGCAUAACCAGAAUCUCACUUGUCCCCCCCCCCUUUUUUUUUCCUCUUUUCAUCCUACUCUCUUCUUUCUUUCCACCUACAAUUUUUUUAACCUUCUCUCUGCAUUGUUGGAUGACAAAUUAUAA